AUGAAUUUGCCUUCAAACGUUUAGCUCGAAAGCUAUUUUCAAGGAAAUUCUAAUUAAACAUUUUAGAAGACUUACUUACUUAACAAAGAAGACUUACUUACUUAACAUAAUUAAAUCUAAUUAUUGAACACUUUUUCAGAUUGCUAUAAAAAAUAAUGA